CAGAGAGAGGGAAAAAAGACGUGAGAAAAAAAUUAUUUGAAGGCAUUCAGCAGCUUUAGCGCCCUCAUCUUUUGUACCUCACUUAUAAAAAAAACAGCUAUUCUGAAAAAAAAAAGCCUUUAACAAAGAAGAAAACUGGAGAAAGAUGCAGAGCAGCAGGAAGAGGAGGGCAUCUGACAGAUAAAACGAGGGAGCUCUGCAGCAGGAUCCCUACAGUGCUGUACACAGAACUGCGUGACUGGUCUCUGCAAGCAGAGGGAGGAGAGAGGAGAGAAGGGAGGAAGGUAGGAGAGAAAGAAAGGGGGAGGGGAGGCAAUUCAGUGCAGUGCUAGCAGACUGGAUGAGUAGCAGCCGCGGCAUAAGAAGCAACAUCAGCACCACUAGCUGUAGCAUCUUUCUUUGUGGCUGCUGGAGGCUGUCUUGUGGCUGCUCUACCAUCAACAGCCACAAGACAUACACACACACACACACACAAAAUAUUUGGACACAGACGCUCCUCGUGCUUGCAUCAUACACACACAUGUCGUGGUGGCCACCAGAGAAGAGGUAGUAAGUGACGGGGCUCGGGGGACAGAGGGACACAGGAAGAGGAAACCGGGACGACUGGUGGUAGUGCAAACAGGAGGAGGGCUGGAGCGACCGUGACUGGAGCAGCAGCAACAGUAGCAGCGGCACCAUGGCGCAAGCCGCCAAGCAGCUCCGCAAGACCAAGGACCUUGCGGAGGCCGCCGCCCAGGAGCAGAGGGAGAAGGAGGAAGAAAAGAUAAAAAAGAGGAAUCGAUCCAGGGACCGCAGGCGCAAGGCCGAUGCAGCCACCAGCUUUCUGCGCGCAGCUCGUUCAGGGAACCUGGACAAGGCGCUCGAUCACAUCAAGAAUGGAAUCGACAUCAACACAGCUAAUCAAAAUGGUCUUAACGGGUUACACCUCGCCUCUAAAGAAGGCCACGUCAAAAUGGUCUUGGAAUUACUCCAUUCUGGCAUUGAGCUGGAAGCAACUACAAAGAAAGGGAACACUGCUCUCCAUAUCGCAGCGCUGGCAGGGCAGGAGAAGGUGGUGGCUGAGCUCGUCAACUAUGGUGCCAAUGUUAAUGCCCAGUCACAUAAAGGGUUCAGUCCUCUCUACAUGGCAGCACAGGAGAACCAUUUAGAAGUGGUCAAAUUUCUGCUUGAAAAUGGUGCCAAUCAAAGUCUCCCAACUGAGGAUGGCUUCACUCCCCUUGCAGUGGCCCUACAGCAGGGCCACGAAAACGUAGUGGCACUGCUCAUCAACUAUGGCACCAAGGGCAAGGUCCGCCUCCCUGCCCUGCACAUUGCUGCAAGAAACGAUGACACGCGCACUGCUGCAGUUCUCCUGCAGAAUGACCCCAACCCCGAUGUUCUUAGCAAGACUGGUUUCACACCUCUGCAUAUUGCAGCUCACUAUGAAAAUAUGAGUGUAGCCCAGCUGCUGCUGAACAGAGGAGCGAAUGUAAACUUUACCCCCAAGAAUGGCAUCACACCCCUUCAUAUAGCCUCUAGGAGGGGCAACGUAAUGAUGGUCAGACUAUUGCUGGACAGAGGAGCACAGAUUGAUGCCAAAACUAAGGAUGAACUGACUCCUCUCCACUGUGCAGCUAGGAAUGGUCAUGUUCGCAUUAUUGAGAUCCUGCUAGAACACGGUGCUCCCAUCCAGGCUAAAACCAAGAACGGUCUAUCCCCCAUCCACAUGGCAGCUCAGGGGGAUCACAUGGACUGUGUCAGGCAGCUACUCCAGUACAAUGCUGAGAUUGAUGAUAUCACACUCGACCAUUUAACUCCUCUUCAUGUAGCAGCCCACUGCGGUCACCAUCGCAUGGCCAAAGUUCUCCUGGACAAGGGGGCCAAAGCCAAUGCACGGGCUCUGAAUGGCUUCACACCUUUGCAUAUUGCUUGCAAGAAGAACCACAUGCGGUCUAUGGACCUGCUGCUUAAGCACUCUGCUUCCUUAGAGGCUGUCACAGAGUCUGGUCUCACUCCUCUUCAUGUAGCAGCUUUCAUGGGGCAUCUGAACAUAGUGAAAAACCUGCUCCAAAGAGGGGCUUCACCCAAUGCUUCCAAUGUGAAAGUGGAGACUCCUCUUCAUAUGGCCUCCAGAGCAGGACACUGUGAAGUUGCUCAGUUCCUGCUCCAGAACGCAGCACAAGUGGAUGCCAAGGCUAAGGAUGACCAGACACCUUUACACUGUGCAGCCCGUAUGGGCCACAAGGAGCUUGUCAAGCUGCUCCUUGAGCACAAGGCCAGCCCUGACUCAGCUACAACUGCAGGUCACACACCUUUACACAUUGCAGCACGUGAAGGACAUGUCCAGACUAUUCGAAUAUUAUUGGAUGCUGGAGCGGAGCAAAUAAAGAUGACAAAGAAAGGUUUCACUCCCCUCCACGUGGCCUCCAAAUAUGGAAAGGUAGAUGUGGCUGAACUCCUUCUGGAAAGAGGAGCAAACCCAAAUGCAGCUGGGAAGAAUGGUCUGACACCCCUUCAUGUGGCCGUCCAUCACAACAACCUGGAUGUUGUUAGACUCCUGGUCAGCAAGGGAGGAUCUGCACACAGCACUGCCCGAAAUGGAUACACUCCCCUUCACAUAGCAGCCAAGCAGAACCAGAUGGAGGUGGCCAGCUGUCUUCUUCAGAAUGGGGCAUCGCCCAAUUCUGAGUCCCUCCAAGGCAUCACGCCCCUACACCUGGCUUCACAGGAGGGACGGCCUGACAUGGUGGCUCUGCUCAUUUCCAAACAGGCCAACGUAAAUCUUGGAAACAAGAAUGGACUGACCCCUCUGCAUCUUGUGGCCCAGGAGGGUCAUGUGGGCAUCGCAGACACUUUGGUCAAACAGGGGGCAUCUGUUUAUGCUGCUUCACGUAUGGGCUACACACCCCUUCACGUGGCCUGUCAUUAUGGCAACAUCAAGAUGGUGAAGUUCCUUCUGCAGCAGCAAGCUCAUGUGAACGCCAAGACAAGGAUGGGCUACACCCCUCUGCACCAGGCAGCCCAGCAGGGCCACACAGAUAUUGUCACACUCUUGCUGAAACAUGGAGCCCAACCCAAUGAGAUCACCUCGAACGGCACGUCUCCCCUGGGCAUUGCUAAGAGGCUGGGUUACAUCUCUGUGAUCGAUGUGCUCAAGCUGGUAACCGAGGAGUCUGUUUCUGCGAUCACGACAGAGAAGCAUCGGAUGAGUUUCCCCGAAACUGUAGAUGAGAUUUUGGAUGUUUCAGAGGAUGAAGGGGUUGCCCAGCUAACGUUAGGAGACGAGUUGCUGGGGAUGGACGGAGCUCGCUAUUUGAAGCUUGAUGAUUUUAAGGACCAGGAUGAUGACUUUCUCUCCCCAAAGAAGACCCUCAGAGACUUUGAGGGCGGCAUGGGCACCACUCCAUAUUCUCCUGCUAUUCCCAGGAUCCCCUGUGUGUCACCAGAGACAGUUAUGCUGGAUCAGCACACCCCCGUCCCCUUGCCAAAAGAAUAUGAUGAAGAUUCUCUUAUCCCAAGCAGUCCAGCUACUGAGACUUCAGACAAUGUCAGCCCUGUAGCCAGCCCUAUUCACACUGGCUUCCUGGUGAGUUUCAUGGUGGAUGCUCGAGGGGGCUCCAUGCGAGGCAGCAGGCACCAUGGACUACGAGUGAUCAUCCCUCCCCGAACCUGCGCUGCACCGACGCGCAUCACUUGCCGUCUCGUUAAACCCCAGAAACUGACCACGCCUCCUCCACUAGUGGAGGGCGAGGGCCUCGCUAGCCGGAUCAUCUCCCUGGGGCCGUCCAGUAUGCAGUUCCUUGGACCAGUGAUAGUAGAAAUCCCUCACUUUGCCUCACUGGGACGAGGAGACAGAGAGCUUGUGGUGCUCCGCAGUGAGAACGGCUCGGUCUGGAAGGAACAUCGCAAUCGCUAUGGCGACGAAGUACUGGAAACUAUUCUGAAUGGCAUGGAUGAAGACUUGGAGAGCCAAGAGGAGCUGGAGAAGAAGAGAAUCCGUCGAAUGAUCUCCACUGACUUCCCCCUCUACUUUGCAGUAGUGUCUCGCAUACAGCAGGAGAGUGAUCUCAUUGGUCCAGAGGGCGGUCGGCUGACCAGUAAGCUGGUCCCCCAAGUUGAAGCCAUCUUCCCUGAGACUGCUGUCACCAAGAGAGUGAGGCUGGGACUGCAGGCACAACCAAUCCCUGAUGAACUGCUGACCAGGCAGCUUGGUAACCAGGCCACCUUCAGCCCAGUGGUUACCAUCGAACCUCGGCGACGCAAAUUUCACCGUCCAAUCGGAUUGCGGAUUCCUUUACCACCGUCGUGGAGGGAGAGCCCUCGUGAUGCUGGCGAGGGUGAUACCACCAGCUUGCGUCUUCUCUGCAGUGUCAUUGGUGGAACAGCACCAGCUCAGUGGGAGGACAUCACUGGAACCACCAAGCUGAUGUACGCCAACAACUGUGCCAAUUUUACCACCAAUGUGUCUGCAAGAUUCUGGCUGGCAGACUGUCCACGUACGGCGGAGGUGGUCACCUUUGCCAACCUGCUGUACAGGGAGCUAAUGGCAGUCCCAUAUAUGGCCAAGUUUGUUAUUUUUGCAAAGAUGAAUGAGGCACGUGAGGGACGCCUGCGUUGUUACUGCAUGACAGAUGACAAGAUGGACAAAACUCUGGAGCUACACGAAAACUUCACCGAGGUGGCCCGUAGUCGAGACAUUGAGCUAAUGGAGGGGAUGCCUCUCUACCUGGAGUGUUCUGGGAACUUGGUGCCCAUUCGGAAGGCCACUCAGCAGCCUCGUAGCUUCAGCUUCCAGGCCUUCCGAGAUAACAGACUGCCCGUCUCUGUCAAGGUCAGAGACAGUAACAAGGAUGCCUCCGGGUUUUUGUCUUUUCUGCGGAAGUGCACCAAGUAUGAGGACACACAACACGUACUGUGUAACCUUAAUAUAACCAUGCCACCUUGUGUCAAGGUUGUUGGAAGUGAGGAGCGCAGACGAACUUUAACCCCUCUUGCUUUGAGAGAACGCUACAGUGCACUGAACGAGCCCGGCAUGGCCACAGUGAAUGCCAUGGAGAGGACUGAGCUCAAAAUCAACAUCAUAUCCGAACAGCUGGGUUUAAGUUGGGCAGAGUUAGCACGAGAGCUUCAGUUUGGUGUGGACGACAUCAAUAGGAUCCGUGUGGAGAAUCCAAACUCCUUGCUGGACCAGAGCUCUGCCCUGCUCAACCUGUGGGCCAGCAGAGAGGGCAAAAGGGCCAAGAUGGAGAGCCUCUACUUUGCUCUGAAGAACAUCGAUCGUGCAGAUAUUGUAACCUCUUUGGAGGGUCAGGCUCCGCAACCAGCACCUGGUUCUUCAGAGGAGGGCGCCUGUCGGCUUGGUGACCGCGACUCCACUCUGUUGUCCCCCAGCGUCAUUAAUGAGAUCACGGACACAAGGCCAUCGCGCCUAGUGCACAAGCCACGCGUUAUUAGACCCCCGUUUUUCAGAAGGGGUUAUGGGCUGGUGCAGGAGGAGCUUCUGUCCCCGGCCUCCAUGCAGUACAGCUUGCCAUCUCCACUGGGCGUGGAGCCCUACUGGCAAGAGGUCUCCAGCCUCGAGUGCGCCCCCAUUGCCACCACAGAGGAAGAUACAUUAAUGGAGAUGUCGGACGUUCAGGUGUGGCCAGCAGGGGUCAGCCCCUCUCUGGUUACAGUGGAGGACUCGUCACUAGAGGGCAGCAGUCGGGCUGACGACUCAGAGGGCGCCACGCUCUCCUUACCCUGCAGCUUGGGUCGCCCAAGCAGUGGAGCCAGCGGGGCCAGCGGCUCCAUCAUGGAGCUGGAGGAAGAGGAGGAGGAGGAGGAGGAAGGGGAGGUUGAGGAGGAGGAGGCACCACAGGAGCCAGCAAGUGCACUGGCGGAAAGGGACAGGGUGAGAGCCAGUGGUGCCGUUCCCAAGGUCAAUCUAAAUGGCCAGCUGGGAGGUCAGAGGUCGGACGUGAGGAGAGUGGAGAGUGUGGCUGUAGGAGGAGGAGCAAAAGGAGGAGGUGGAAUGGUAGGGCUGGGCUCAGUGGAAGGGAUUUCUGUUGUUUCAGGCCAACAGGUGUACUCCCAGAGGUGUGAGAUAACGGGGCUGGGUCGAGCUACAGAGCACAACGGAGACAACCGGAUGGUGGGAGGAGGAGCAUUUCAACCCUACAUGCCAGACAAGGACUCCCUACAAGGCUGGGUGGGCUCGGUGUCAUCAACGCGUGACGGCAGCGUGCCAGGCUUGCACGUGGCCCAGGAGGCUCUGCUGACUCCGAGAGAGGAGAAGGAGGAGUAUGUUGCUGAGGCACAGUUUGUUGAAGAACGUGGAAAUGCACUUGCUAGAAAGGUGGCGGUGGAUGUGAGAAAGGGCGCUCAGUCAGUGCAGCACAGCAGUCUGCGGAGAGUUAAACACUGAAAUACACUUUCUGCCCAUCCCUUCAGGACCGGAAAGCCACUGCCAAACCAUCCUCCACGAAAACACGACCGGACCGCAGAGGAAAAUGAGCAUGGAGGAAGUGCAGACUAUUUAAAAAAACAAAAAAACAAACAGAAUCAUCCUCAACCUGUGACCAUGGAGCACCACAAAACAAAAUAGAAGAGGAGAAAAAAAACAGGAAUUAAACUUGUAGUUUUAUAAUAUUUGUAAAAAAAAAUAUCAACUAGAUUAAGGCAUGACGAUACCGUUUCUUUUUCUUUUUUAUACAAAAAAACAUAAAUGUUAGUUAAACAACUAAGAAAAAAAAAGCAACAAAGUGCUUCCUGUGAACUGUAAUCGCAUGAUGACUGCUGGUGCAUGCCCUUUUGAACUGUCAUUAUCUACAAACUGAAGGGGUACAAGGUACGGGGGCGGACCCACAUAAGGGUUACAGGCUUUUUUUAAGGGCCUUCUUUCCCCCAACUGGAGUGGUUUGUUUCAGCAAGUUGAGUCUAAUAACACUACAGCCAAAAAAAAGAAGUCCCUCAAUGGAUGGUUCUCUAUACAGCUAAGCCUCUGCUGAGCCUCCCAACGCUUCUUUCACUGGACCCUUUGCCCUGUUAUUCUAAAUGUGAUAUAUGCACUCUAUGCUACGUGGACAUGUGUCAGUGUGUGUAUGUGUGUGUGCGUGUAUUUUUCUCUACCGCAUGUGUUUCUUGCUUCCGGCUUGGCGCUGAGCCCUUCCCCAUGAUUGGCUUGUUGUCCCUGUAAUGUCACGGCGUGCUCAGCGCUGGAAUGAGAAAGCCGCCGUGCUGCCCUGCUCGUGACUUCUUGUCCGCGUGCGUUUUUUUACAUUUUUAAUUUUUUUUCCUUUGUGGAUGAAGAUCGCUCCUCAUUGUUUCUUUGGGACUCGUCCACUUUGGGUUUCAGCUUUGUUUGACUGCGGAUGAGAAAUGAACCUCUAGCUCCCCUCGUGUUUUCAGGGGGAAUGUUUUCAGACAGCGGGAAUGUUUUCUUUGGAAAAAGCGUGGGUGCUCGAUUGCAUUGUACAGCAGCUCUGAGGGCACAAAGCUUGACUUUCUAUUCCCUCAAGCUUUUCUGUGCUCUUCCAUUGCUUUUUUUGUUUUCUUUUUUUUCCCCAGUAGCAUACUUUACCUUCACCCAUAAUCUAUCAGUAGCCUCAGUCUAUAUGCAGUCAAAUCACAGUCCUCUCCCAUCAGCAUCUAAAGGUCCUCCAAACCCUCUGUGCUCCCUCUUUUAUCUGCUUGCAGUGGCUGUAGCGCAUCACUGUUGAAUUUUUGAGUCAAUAUUUCAAAUUGUGGUGAAGAAAACAUGAAGGAUCUCAUUCGUGUGACGAUGCCGUGAUUUGAGGAUUUCUAAGCGAGAGUGAAAUGGCAGCGAGGACAGACAGGUAGCACUGUGAUCGUCUUAUUAACACUGACCCCAGACUCGUGAACUGUCAAGACCCACAUUCAUAUAUAGCACAGGCAAAAGCACAGAAACAUAUAUGAACACAUUUCCAGAAACACACAAACAUAGAUCACACGGUUAAAUAAUUAUUGCCUGGUCAGUGUUGUUGUUGUUUUUUUUUUCUUGUUUUCUUUGGAGUUUGCCACAGCAAUAAUACACAGAAACAAAAAAAACAUGAAGAUGGAGCGGCAACUGUAAAAGACUGGUUUCCUCAGAGAAGACACAAACUGUAUCUGGAUGAACAGCAUUUGGCAUUGAAGCUCGCCCUUGAAGUGAGUGAGUCAGGACGUACUGAUGCAAGAUGAGAUGACUCAGCUGUAGCAGUGCGAGACCUUGGAGGCCGGAGAGUGUUUGUGUUUCAGCACUUAACGUAGCAAAAUAUAAACCAGGAUAUCUUCAUUUAAUAUCUGUUAAGAAGCUUGCUGCUGCCAUGAGGCGGAAUCCACCGAACUCUGUUUUCCUUCUUUUUUUCCCUGGAUAAUUCAACUUGUGUUUCUGUAAAUCAUCAGCUCAUCACCUCUGAAACACUUUAUGCAGAAACUGGUUGGCAGCAGCAUGAAGGAGUUACAUCAUAGUAGCACGCAUUUCCUUAAAAUCACCUAUAUCUCCCAUAAGUACUGUAAAUGCUACUGUAGCCUGAAUGAGUGAGACCGGAUGAAUGAACACAUUGGUUAUACAUCACGCAAAUGCACUUACUUUCCACGCCCAGUCCAUGCACGAGAACCUCAUGGGAUAAUAGCACGUUUUCCACUGUUACUUCACUCAGGUUUUCAGUUCUGCUCUAUCAGAAAGAACAAAAGAUGUUUGUUUCUAAGUUCUGAGUCAUCCUCUCAAAGACAAAUGUGGGACACAAGUGAGCGAUUUAGAGUUUUCUGUUGGGGCUGUUUGAGGUGGGAUGGUGAUGCGUGGGCUUUUUUUGGUUUGGUUUUUUACUUUUUCUUGGUGGAGCAGGGUGGUUUGGUGCAAGUGUGUGUGUAGUUUAGUUGUGUGAUUCACAUUAGACCAAAAAACACUGAGUGUGUGGUCAGUGCCAGCAUGUCUACUUAACCUCGCUGGUGCACUGCUCCUGCUGUGACACCACUGUUGGUUAUUUUUGUCUUUACUCAUUUUUUGUUUGUUGGUUGGUUGUUUUUUUUGUCACAGGUUGGAAAAAAAAAAGCCAAAUAAAUUUUGUUGAAGCACAGGCAAAAGAUUUUCCUUUCACCAGAUAAAUAUAAAACAAUUAUCUUCUCAUAUGUAUACCUUCAAUUGUCGAUGCACGUUAUUGUGUAAUCUUACCUAAUCGGCCAUUAUGCUGAAGAUAAAGUCAACAAAUGACAAACAAGACGCCCACUCGACUUCACAGCUCCCACAAUCACUCUGUUAGUCUUAAAGACUUUUACUGUAUCAGCACAAGAAUGGGGGUUGGAUCCAGAUGUUUUAUUUCUGUGUUGAGGUUUUAAUCCUUAAGAUUAAUACUCUAAAAAAUGUAUUUUGAUGCUGUUAAAGGUCAGAGGUUUUUCAAUUUGCAUCCCUUAGUAGAUUAGUUUUAUUAUCAGCAGCAAGAAACUGGUUCAUGAAAAAACUGUGUGACCGUAGUGGAUGUAAAAUGGUGGAUGCAUGCAACAGUCCUAAAGUUUAGUGCUAAUCCCAUGAUUUUGUUGGAGCUCUGAUUGAACUGUUGCUUUUCUUUUGUAUGUGAAGAAACUUUGGAAAAAUGUUUGCACUUAAUUGAUAUACUAUAUUUUUGAAGUGACUGCAAAUCUGGUCACUGACAUUUUAUAAAAAAAAAAAUUGGCCAUAGCUCCCAUAAUCUCACAGCAUGUCUCACCCCCUGAUUUGUAGAGACCCACUUUGAAGCUUCAAUUUCAGCAUUUUGGUUGUUAAUUUGUGUUUCCUUGGAACCAGAUGGCACAAGCAAGGUUUGGAUCUGGCAGGAAAAACCAAGGGACACUGCACACGUUAUCGUUUAUUUAUUUAUCCACAAUCUGUCUGGUUUGCAGUGUGUAAUUAGAGUUAGGUUAAUUGGUGAUUCUAAAUUACCCAUGACUGUAAGUGCAAAUGAUUGUUUGUCUCUAUGAAAUCAUCAACCCCCAUAUUGGUUCAUUAAGCAAGACUAGCAGUAAUUGCCUUCACUAACAAAGUAGUUGUUCAAACAACAAGAUUUCAUUGUGUUUUCCUAAAGUUUUUAACUUGUGUAGCAUGAAUUAAAACAAAUUUCACUCUACAUAUUUAAAUAAAUCACUUCAAGUCAAUGUAAGUAUACUACGUUGAUCCAACGUAAUCUGAUUACAUUAAACCACCAAAUGCCAAAUGUGUUGGUUUGACAUGGUCAAAAAUGGGUUAUUGUACUUGGUUAAAUCACAUGGAAAUAGGUGCCAUGAUUAAAAUGUGUUCAUCCCACAACAGAUUUUUUUGAGUGUAGUCAGUACUCUUAAAACAUGCUUACUUCCCCCAGAGGCAUCAGCCAAGACUAAAAUCUUAAGGAUCAUAACUUUGACUUUAAGGAGCUGUCUUCCUGCUUAACUUCCUGCUUAGUCACAUUUGAAAUCCUGAAAAAAAAGUCUCCACAAAGCAAAAUGAUGUAUGAAGUAGUUUAAUUAUGUUUCCAUACAUAGAUCAUUUGGAUUUGCCGUCUGAAUUAAACUUGUCUGUGAUCCUGUGCACUUCCCCAGUGUUUGUAUGUACAGUAUGCGAGUGUUUGUGAGUGUGUGUGUGUGUGUGUAUGAUGAUGAUGAUAAUGAUCAUGAUGUUUGGUUCCAAUUCUGGUUGGAUCAGCGGGAAGAAGAGAGACCGCAAUUUCCCAGGCAUGUGAUCUGAGAGGACGUGUAACCUACAGCAAUGUAUUUUAAAGAGUAUUGUAAAAUUUUAACUGUUGCAAAGAAUAAAGAUCACCUAUACUCCUUUAGAAUGGAUACAUGACAAUGUAAACGCAAUAUCAUAUUACUCUAUCCUAAGGAAUGCAACUGCGCACAUGCACAAAAAAAAGAUGUUUUUAUGAAAAUAUAUGUAUAAAUAUAUGACAAAAUAUAUUUAAUUAGAAUGCUAUGCACCCUCAUAGAGUUAUUAUGGAUGUUCUUUAAGCAUUAUCUAGACUAGGCCGACGUCCACGUCAUGGGGAAUGUAGAGGCUUUGUAGCUAUGACCACUUGUUUUCUUUUCUUUUGUAUUGUCCCGGAGAGAGGAUAAACCAACGUGAAUAUGUAUACAAGCCUUUCAAUCAGAGUCAUUCUGACAUGAAGAUAUGUAUAGAUCAUUUUACCCUGUACACCAGCUCAAACCAUUUACAAGAAUUAAUAAACAAAGAUGUGACAUAAA